CAUUGUCAGGUGGGGAUUUUAGCUGGGGUACCACAUUUAUUAAACCAUAACACAGGUAUCCUAAUAGGAAAUCACGGAGGACAGAAAUCGCCAUAUGAAGAAGAUGUGGUCUAGGGCUACUUAUGAGCCUAUAUCCGGUCUUACUUCGGCAGACGUCCAAUGUCCGACACUCUUCAACGUCCGACGUUCGGCAUGUAUCAAUACCAGAAGCUGUUGCCAAGAGAAUGGAUUACCAAAAAUGGUUACUAACUUCCGAUAAAUUUCAAAGCAGGAACUUUGUACCAAGAGGAGGAGCACUAAAGCGUCAAGAUUGGCGUAUGUCAGACCUUUGACAUGCGCUUCCGUACACAGCGAGUAGAAAGCGCGCCUUGCACGAAUACACAAAUAUAACACAGUGUAUUGUGUAUGUAGCAUAGGCUUGAUACAAAUAUGGCAAACGUCUUGUACAAUUUCUAUCCCUGGUACCUUGUCAAUAUCCUCGUCAUGGGAGCAUCACGACCGCCGUUACAUGCGAGACUCUCGACACGUAAAUUACAUUGGCUCAAUACCCUUCUAGGUUUUCCUUCCCUUCGUCGUCUACCCUCUCCUCAAGUAUCUGAUAUUGCCGUCCAUCAAAAGGGAACCCCAAACCCAAGGAGUCUUCGUAAGUCUUCGUGGGAAACUCCAAAUCCAGCGGGAGAUGGCUAUAGCGUGUUGCGCCUCUCGGGAGCAAUUUCGCCGCGUCCUUCCAAGUCUACGAGGUCUUCCCUUGUACGUUUUCCUCGUAUCGUUCGACGUAUCAUAAAACCAAGGGGAAUGCAAGUUACCAGAAGAGUGAUGAAUGCGAUGAUGGCUUCGACAGUCCAUAAAGAGGCCAUGUUGAGUGCAAAUUGAGAAGUCAGACUGGUCGGCAGAGAUGAUGAUUCAGACAGUUGUAGGAGGCAACUUCAUAUCAGUUACCACUGAGCUUGGCUAUAGCCGACAGAACUCAGGUUUCGUUUCAUUGGCCGAUAUCCCUAUUGUCACAUGCACUAACCACAUCCAGUACCUAAACUCCAAGCGAAAGAGCGGGUUGGGCUCAGGAAGCAAAUCAGGUUUUGCUUGAUUGGCCAGAGACUUAAGCACCCCCAUGCAGGAGGCGCAGCACAGCGGACUUGUGUUACUUGGACCCUCAAACUCAGGUUUUGCAUGAUUGGUCAACUUGGCGGCUUUGGCGAAGGCCUAUACUAUAUCUACCUCGUCCUGACAGUGUUUUACGCUGCAGCCAAACACCCUCUUUAUCAAUCUCAAUUCUGCACCUUCUC